AUGGCGGGCGCUCCAAAUAAGCGGCAGAAGCGAGCUGAGUACCGCUCAGCUCGAGAGCAACAUGGCGGAACUGAAAUGCCCAAGAAAAAGUUCUAUCGCCAGCGAGCUCAUGCCAAUCCCUUCUCUGACCACCAGCUGACCUAUCCACGAACACCCAUUGAUAUGGACUGGUCAACCUUUUUCCCUGCUUUCGUUUGUCACCAAGACCAAGAGCCAGCAGACGCCAAAUCGCAAGACUCGAUAGCGGUAAUGAGUACAAAGAAGAUGAAGCAAGAUGUUGAAGUUAUAGACAUUGGUUGUGGGUUCGGUGGUCUACUUGUCGCAUUGGCGCCCUCCAUGCCCGAGAAGUUGAUCUUGGGACUGGAGAUCCGAACUCAAGUGACUGAGUUUGUUCAAGAACGAAUUCGAUCUCUCCGCGCGCAGAAUCCUGAAACCAACGUUUACCAGAACAUCGGGUGUCUAAGAGCAAACACGAUGAAGUUUCUGCCCAAUUUCUUCAAGAAGUCUCAGCUCUCCAAGAUUUUCAUCUGCUUCCCGGAUCCACACUUCAAGGCGCGAAAGCACAAAGCUAGAAUUGUGUCGGUGACACUCAACUCGGAGUACGCCUACGUGCUGAAGCCCGGUGGUAUCGUUUACACAAUUACGGAUGUCGAGGAUCUGCAUGAGUGGAUGGUGCACCACUUGGAGGCGCAUCCAUCCUUUGAGAGAAUCCCGUUUGAAGAGCAAGAGGCAGACGAGUGCGUGAAAAUCAUGAGAACCGAAACGGAGGAAGGAAAGAAGGUGGAAAGAAACAACGGCCCAAAGUUCGUGGCGCUGUUUCGACGACUCGAGGACAAUCCGUGGUGA